UCUUUCUUUUUCUUUCUUUCUUUCAAGUGUUCUGCUGGUUGGUUGAGCUUCAUCCUUCUGAACUGUGGGAAAACUGGGGUUCUGCCCUGUCCACACCAUCACUGAUGGGAGCUUUGUUUUCUGCUUGUCUUUUCCCCAAGGAGAUGAUAGAAAGUGACAUCUCGUCUAUGAUGUCAGGAAUUCUGCAAAACUCAGGACAAAAUCAUCACCCCUCUCCACAGGAGUACAGGCUCCUGGCCACCACCACCGGUGAGGACGACCUUCCCGGGGACCUGCAGUCGCUGUCAUGGCUCACAGCUGUGGACGUGCCACGGCUGCAGCAGAUGGCGAGUGGCCGCGUGGACCUGGGUGGCCCCAGUGCACCCCACCCACAUCCAGGUGCCUUGGCCAGGGCAGCCAGCCUGCAUGUGGGAGCCACCCCAGGUCCACUGCUCCACGGCCCGGCUGGCAUGGUCCCCCCAGGCAUGCUAGGCCUGGGCCCCAUAGCCAAUCACGGAGCCAGCAUGAACCAGAUCCCUGUGGGGGGCCAGCCCGCAUCCAGCCUGCAGGACCAGCCACAGCUGUACUCGCCCGCCUCCCAAACGCAGUUACCGCUGCCCCCAGGCACCCAGCAGCGCCCCCCUAUGGGCCUGUACGGCUCCCCGUUUGGAGCACGGCCUCCCUACCCCCAGCCCCGCAUGGCUGUGCAUUCGUCUCGGGAACUGCACCCCAAACACUACCCCAAGCCCAUCUACUCAUACAGCUGUCUGAUUGCCAUGGCCUUGAAGAACAGUAAGACAGGCAGCCUGCCUGUGAGCGAGAUCUACACCUUCAUGAAGGAGCACUUUCCCUACUUCAAGACGGCUCCCGACGGCUGGAAGAACUCGGUGCGGCACAACCUGUCCCUGAACAAGUGCUUUGAGAAGGUGGAGAACAAGAUGAGUGGCUCCUCGAGGAAGGGCUGCCUGUGGGCCCUGAACCUGGCCCGCAUCGACAAGAUGGAGGAGGAGAUGUACAAGUGGAAGAGGAAGGACCUUGCCGCCAUCCACCGGAGCAUGGCCAACCCCGAGGAGCUGGACAAGCUGAUCUCGGACCGACCGGAGAACUGCAGACGCCCUGGCAAACUGGGAGACCCCGAGGGCCCUGUGCUGACUCAUGCCACCACGGUGGCCAUGGCCCAUGGACGCCUGGCUGUCUCCCAGCUUCCGCCCCAGCCACUGAUGACCCUGUCCCUGCAGUCCGGCCCCCUGCACCACCAGGUCCAGACCCAGGCACAUCUCGCCCCAGACUCUCCCGCCCCGGCCCAGACCCCACCGCUGCACGCCCUGCCGGAACUGAGCCCCAGCCCCCUCCCCCACCCCGCCAUGGGAAGGGCGCCUGUGGACUUCAUCAACAUCAGCACCGACAUGAACACUGAGGUGGAUGCCCUGGACCCCAGCAUCCUGGACUUCGCUCUGCAGGGGAACCUCUGGGAGGAGAUGAAGGAUGGGGGCUUCAGCCUGGACACGCUGGGGACCUUCGGAGACUCCCCCCUCGGCUGUGAGCUGGGGGUCUCGGGCCUGACACCCGUCUCCGGCAGCAGCGACCAGUCCUUCCCAGACCUGCAGGUGACGGGCCUGUAUGCUGCGUACUCGACCCCAGACAGCGUGGCCGCGUCGGCCACAACCUCGUCCUCCCAGUACCUGGGCAGCCCAGGGAACAAGCCCAUCGCCCUGCUUUGAGGUGAUGCCUCACCUGCCCCGGCACCGGGAACCCCGGGCUUGGGGUUCCUGGACGCAAGGCCUCUCACAUCUCCGUCGGCACCCCAGGCCCUCUCGCACCUCCGCAGGAGGCCUUUGGGGCCACCUCGAGUCAGAAGGACAGAGGACAACAGACGGGCAUUGCAGCCUCCCUGACCUCCUGACACCUGAGAACGAGAUUUCUCCAGCCUGCAUCCCCGCCGGGCUCCCAAAACGACCCACAGUCCCCUCUGGGGUGGGACCGCCAUGGAAACACCCCGGCAGGGAGGCCCUUUAAUUUAUUCUUCUGGGAUUAAGCCUCCACCUCAGCCUCCAGAGGAUAGGCCUUGAGGCCAGGAGCAGAGCUGGGAGACUGGCACACCUCUCUUGGACCGGACCGGGCUGAACUCCGGAAUGGGUGCCCGGCCCUCCCCUCCAGGCUCCCCACUCCCGGAGUCUGUUAGAGUUUCACACAACAGGUCCCGGGCCCAUGCAGGGCGCCGUGUCCCUGUGUACAUUUAUUUAUAUUUAUUGGAGCCCAUCCACACCACCUCUCAGAACCCAGCCCCUGGCCUCUGGAAUGAGAUUCCCCGGUACCUCUCCCUGCAUCCUGGCAACCUUAACUCCCGAAUUACCGGUGAAUCGUGACGCCAACUGGCUCUUAACCCCUUUGCAGCCCUGGGCUGCUUUUUAGAACAGAAAGCACUUUUGACACUAUGAGACAUCCACUUUUUCUAAAUUAGAUUCCAGAUACUUUUUUUUUUUUUUUAACAUUUAUUUAUUUUUGAGAGAGAGAGAGAGACAGAG